AUGGCCAGCAAUGGGAAUCCAAGGCCAAAGAUAGUGGACGAGCCCGCUACUCUGGGUUUAUCACUGAUCGCCAACCCUGAACACCCGAAUCUUGAUGUGGUAUUUGUUCACGGCUUCAAUGGCCACCCUGAAAGGACUUGGCUGCACAGGGGCGAUGCGAACAGCCAGUCGAGCGACUCAAGUAGGGACUACUCCGAUGAACGGCCGCGAAAAAUUCAAAAGGCCUUCGAUUCGUUCAAGGCGUCACGAAGUCGGACGUCACGCGAUCGAAAAGGUGUUUACUGGCCGCGAGAUCUCUUACCCGAGUCGCUACCAUAUGCACGAGUUCUAGCUUAUGGCUACGAUGCUCACUUGGGGCAUCGGCUCGGGCCUUCACACAGUCAGAAAUCAGUCUAUGAUUUCGCAAAGGAUUUUCUGCUAGAGCUGGAGGCAGUACGGCGGUCUCACCCGAAGAGGCCGCUCGUGUUCAUUGCUCACAGUCUUGGAGGAAUCGUCGUCAAGGAGAUGCUCCGCCAGUCAUACGGACACUUGGACCACCAGACUGAGCUCCGGGCCAUAUCAGAAUCAACUGCGGGCAUCAUCUUCUUUGGCACCCCUCACGGCGGUGCAGAUCCACAGAGCCUACUGAAGACCAUCGCCGAGAACGUUGCCUGGGCCGUUGGUGUCACAUUCAACAAACAAGUUGUCGAGAGCCUGUUGCCCUCCUCAGAACGUCUGAGGCAACUCAGGGACGAAAUUGGACCUAUGGCUCGCACGCGGGGAUGGAUCAUUCAUUGCUUUCAAGAAGACCACGGCAUCACUGCUCUCAACGGGCGGAAAGUCGUUGAAGAUAUCUCGUCAUGCUUGGGUGAUGCCAGCCUAGAACUCACCCAGCACAUCGCAGAUGACCACAUGGGCAUGUGUCGGUUUAACUCAUUCCAUGAUGCAGAAUAUCAAAAGGUUGUUGCCGCCAUCAAUCGAAUCCUCCCAGAGCACAAUGGCCUUUCCGUCCCAACUCGGACAGCGUUCAACAAUGCAGAACGGCAAGCAUACAUCAACUCGUUGAGGUUUGAUCAAAUUGAUGCCCGCCAUGCCAGCAUUAAGUCGGCCCACUCAAAGACAGGUAAAUGGCUACUCAAGAAAUCCGAAUACCUGGAUUGGCUUGCUCCUGAACGCCAAGAUGAACAUAACGGAUUUCUCUGGAUUAAAGGUAAAGCCGGCAGCGGCAAGUCGACGAUGUUAAAAUAUAUCUUAUCACACAUCAACAAGACAAUACUAGGAACCCCAGUCAUUUCAUUCUUCUUCAAUGCUAGAGGUCACAUCAUGGAGAGAUCGACCAUAGGCAUGUAUCGCUCCUUGCUCUUGCAGCUCUUCGAGCAUGUCCCCGAGCUCCAAAGUGCUCUGGACGUGCUCCCUCGGCCACCCUUGUCUGCUACCGGUGAGUUCGAAGGCGAAUGGCAACUCGAGACCUUGGUGGGAAUCUUCCAAGACGCUGUCAGGGCGAUUGGAGAGAGGGGUCUGAUCUGCAUCGUCGACGCCCUAGAUGAAUGCCACGAAGAUGAUGUUAGAAGAAUGGUCGCUUGCUUUGAGAACCUAGGCAAGGAAGCUAGUGAAUCAGGACUCCAAGUUCGUAUCUGUUUCUCCAGUCGACAUUAUCCCUACAUCACCGUCGACAGGUGCAUCGAGCUUGUUUUGGAAGGUCAAGAGGGCCAUCAACAAGACUUGGCCAAUUACCUACAGAGUGAGCUGAAAAUUGGGAAGAGCCAACGCUGUGAAAAGAUCAAAGAACAACUGCUCCGGCGAACCAAUGGAAUAUUUCUCUGGCUUGUCUUGGUCGUCCAAAUCUUGCAGAAGGAAUUUGACCGAGGCCGGGUGCACGCGCUUGAGAAUCGACUAGAAGAGAUCCCACCGGGUCUUGAUGAGCUGUUCAGAGACAUCCUGACCAGGGACACCCGAAACGCUGACGAUCUUCUCCUCUGUUUGCAAUGGAUCUUAUUCGCCAAGAGGCCCCUGAGACGGGAGGAGCUCUACUUUGCAAUACUGGCUGGCACGGAACCCCAGCAUCUUGGACCAUGGGAUGCAGCCGAAGUGACACCAACGGUUAUGGACAGAUUCAUCCUUGACUGCUCUAAAGGACUCACAGCUUUGACCAGGACCAAGAACCAGACAGUCCAGUUCAUCCACGAGUCGGUGCGGGACUAUCUACUGAAGGGGAACGGGUUAGCUCAUAUCAGACAAGAUCUCCUUGCCAACUUUUCAGGUUUGAGCCACGAGAGGUUGAAGCUGUGCUGUCAGAAUUAUUUGGCCAUUGGGAUUCCGGAGCUCGAGCCCAUUCACGCCACAAUCGAGGCGGGCGUAGGAGGACCUGAACAGCAGCCUGGUAACGAAAGUGACGACGUUGGAGAGAUCAUCUCCUGCGACAAUGGAGAUCACGAGAUGUCGGCCGUGACUCGUAAUCAAGACUCCAAACAGCUCCGGGAGAUACUUUGUUCGCGAUACCCAUUUCUCGACUACGCUGUCAAUCAUGUGUUCAACCAUGCGGAAGCCGCGCUCGUGACGGGCAUAUUACAAGAGGUGUUCAUCUAUCAAUUCAAUCUGGCAGCUUGGACGUCACGAAACAAUGUCCUCCAGAAAUUCAAGACACGCCGAUAUUCACCUUCGGUGACCUUGCUGUAUAUUUUCGCCGAGAAGAACUUGCCUGCUCUGAUCCGCGAUGAGCUUAGCCGAGUGCCUCACAUGGAUCUACGAGGGGAGCGCUUCGUUUGCCCUUUGAGAGCAGCUAUAGCACACAAGAACGAAGCAGCUAUACAGGCAUUCUUGGAGCCAGCUGAUCGAGACCGGGACGCCCGGUAUCCAAGUAUCCCAACUGCUAGCCAAGACGGCCGGCGUCCUGAUUCAGUGUCCGUUCUUCUUCAGUGCAAAGCAGAGCUGUUAUCAUCCGCAAAAGAAUGGUCUGUUUUCCUCUGGGCUGUAUUGCGUGGCGAGGUCGGCCUCAUGAACGACCUCCUGGCCACAGGAAAGGUUGUGAUACACUGUCAAGUGACAACACCGCAUUAUGGUAUUAUUGCAGAGAUUUCCCAGAAAUCUACUGACGCUCAUCUGAUGCCCUCAGGGAUAUCACUGGAAAUACUCAGCCGUUCUGAUGACAGUCGAGCAUAUUUUCAUGAGCUGCUUCCCUGGGCUAUGCGACACGGAUACCAGCUUCUCUUUAGGCAUCUCAUUUGGCACUAUGUUGCUAUACUUAGGGAUUUUUCUGUCCCCUCACGCAGCAGGAUCCUCUCGGAUGUGAGACUACUGCUGACUGACCGUGAGUUGACGACGCUGCUCUGUCAACGUACUGAUCUGGAGGGUAACUUGAAAGUUAAAGCUUGGGGCGUUCUUUUGUCGGUGGGAUUUCAGUAUCAGGUCCCGUGCCUGGUGAAACACAUCGUUCAGCAUAAUCCCCUUUCGCUGGACCACGUGCCUGUUGAGGCAAUUUACGACUUCCUCGUGCAAUAUGUCGCACAGCGGGACUUUGACACACUUCGGCUUGUCAUUGCAGAAGCGAAUGGCAACACCACCUUUCAGACCCGUCUCCUGCGCCUUCUCAUAUGUCGCACGUACCCGGCGCCAAGCAUUGGAGCUAUCUCCCGGAUUUUAAUGGCCAAUGGAUUCGAAUUCAACGGUGCGGCAAUCCAAGGCGUUCCCCUGCUAUCAUGGGCGUCCAAGGCAGAGCAGGAUGAAUUAGUGCAGCUAAUCCUCGAACGAUGCAGCGUUGACGUCAAUGCCCGAGAUAGCGAGGGACAGACAGCGCUUUCUUUGGCUGCGUUUUCCGGAAGUCUCACCACUAUGAAAAUGCUCCUUGAUGCGGGCGCAGACGCGAACUGUCAGGACAAGCAGGGUGCAGCCCCGCUUUCAUACGCUGCAAGUACAGGCCAUGAAGAAAAGGUAGAAUUGCUCUUGAAGACCACACACAUCAAUGUUAACGUGCAGGACAACGGUGGGGAUACUCCGUUGCUAAGGGCAGUCAGGGGAAUGGCUGUUGCAAAGGUUGCACUGCUCUUGGAGCAUCAAGACGUGGAUGUCAAUAUCAGAGACAAAGACGGCGAUACAGCUUUACUCGGAGCCGUGGCGCUGCGUGACGAAUCUGUGGCGAGUCUGCUCUUGAAACGUGAUGGCGUUGAUGCCAAUGCUCAAGACAAAGAUGGGGUUACCCCUCUGCUAAGGGCAGUAAAGGGGAAGCGUCAUCCCAUGGUAAAAUUACUGCUCGAGCGACGUUUCGUGGAUGUCAAUGCGAGAGAUCCAAGUGGUAGGUCAUCGUUGUGGUGGGCGGUAUGCCAGUGUCUCGAUAAAAUCAUUCAGCUCCUCCUCGAGCGACCCGACAUCGAUCUCGAGGCUGGAGCGCCCGAGCUGUGCGAUUCCUUGCAGAAGAGGUCGCCACUUGAAAUCGCCAGGAGAAGAGGUUAUUCCAGCAUAGCGACGAUUUUGGAGCAAAGAAUGCGUCAGAAGCAAGGACAAUAG